UGCAUCUGAGCCCGACUGACAAUGUACCCCAACCCUCUCAUCUACUGCACCUGCUGGGACCCCUGGAACUUGGGGCCACGGAAGCUAAUCAAGACCCCUCAUCCACUUCCAAAGGCCUCCACAGGGAAGCUUAAGCAAACCCUUCCUACACCAGUUUCAAGAGACCGCAACUAUCUCCUGUCCCAACCAACAAAACCUGCUGUUUCCCCAAAAGACAAAGCCCAGACAGGAAAACCAGAGGAGAGCAGCAAACUUCCUUCUGAAGUGAUUGAUGUGUCACCCGGCUAUAAACUUGUUAGAAAUCGAGAACAGAUUUCAGUCACCUUGGGAGAUGAGAUGUUCAAUAGGAAAAAGCACUUGGAAUCGGACAUCUUGAACAAAAUCAAGUUUUCCAGGACUGAUAUCAUUUCUGAUCUUGAGGAGCAGAUCUCUGAGCUGACAGCAAUAAUAGAGCAGAUGAACAGAGACCACCAGUCUGCCCAGAAACUGCUCUCCAACGAGAUGGAUCUCCGCUGCGCUGAGAUGAAAAAGAAGUUUGAAAAUGAAAACAGGGAUAUCAAGGCAGCUCACAAAAUGGAGCUCGAGAAGUUAGAGAGCAGCUAUAAAGACGCGCUGAAGGUGGAGAAGGCUGCUGCCCAGGAGAAACUAGAGGAGAUGGGCAAAGAAUAUAAGUAUCUGAAGAAUAUGUUUCACAUGUAUCAGGAUAGCAUUUAUGAUGAAAUGGAAGAUAGGUGGUCAAAGCGCAAGGCGGAAUGGGAGAAGGAUGAGAAGCUGGAGCGAGAAAAGAUCCUGUUAAAACAAAAACACAGGAUAGCAAAGAAAUUUGAGUUAGAAUCCGAAGAAGAAAAGAAGAAAAUGAAUGAAUCCUUCAGCGCUGUCUUUGAGAACUUCACUCGAGAGAAAGAGGAGCUCAUCAAACAACAUGAUGAAGAUACCUUGAAAAUGCAGGAGCUGAGAAGAUCCAAGGAGAUCUUGGAGGCUGAGUUGCAGGCACAGUCUACCAUUCUGGAGACACUUAAUACGAGCCUUUACCAUUGCCAGCUGGAGCUCCAGAGAGAGAAAACUAUAGUGGGAAAUCUGGAGAAGCUGUUCCAGACGAAGCUUGCUGAGGCUGAAGAAAAGUAUAAGUACACCAUACAGACCCUGACAGAAGAAAACGCCAGCCUCAGGCAAAAGAUCAUGGCCAAGAAUGAGGAAACUUCUGAAGAAGUAUCAGAGAAGUCAGCCUCCACUACUCCUUACAUGCAUGAGCCUGACUUUGCCGAACACAGCAGCAACAAGAAGCAAGCUCAGUAGAUAACAAACUGUGCUCCAUGGCUGGACCGGCAGCAACACAGCCUCCAGCAAGGGUUUCUG